UAUGUAUGUAAAUUUUCCAAAAUAUUUAUGCUCCUUAUUAUGUGUUAUUUUUCAUCAGCAAAUCUGCUCUCGGAACACAAAUGAGCAAGGAAGAGAAGAAACGUUUAAAGCAAGAAGUGCAGUCUCUCAGGAUGGAAGAUAUCUCAUCAUUCACUGAAUCUCUACCUCCUGAAUUUCUGUCAAUACUACGAACAGAUGGUUUGUUGAGCUCCAUAUCGAGCAAACUCGGUGCCCCGCGUCGCUUGCGCCUUCUUACUUAUGCAAAAUAUGCUGUCUAUGGACUUGCAACACAUUCUCAUGCCAAGUCUGAUCAAUACAGUCUCUCAAAAUUCGGAGCAAACAUGAGUUAUCUUUGGCUAAGAGCAUAUAUUGAUUUGAUGGAAGUUCUUCUGAAACUUGAAGAUUUCAGACAUUUACUGGUAAUCAAGAUUAAAAGAAUCCUGAGUGAAGUAGCUGAAGUCUCACAAUUCGUAUUUGGUAUUUUGUUUUUCAGUUUAUGAACAUUUUAUUUAUAGUGAUUUUUUAAUGAAAAUAGAACAUCAGCAUUUGGAAAAUUAUUUUAUGGUCUUUUUGGGGUAAAGUUCAGGUUUUUGAUUGAUAAAACAUGAUCAAAACAUUGUAUUUUUUAUUUUUAUCUGUUUUUGUCCCAGAUAAAAGUGUACAAAAGCUGGGCUUUAUGUACCAUUUUUGAGUAGAAACUGAAAUGAGCUG